UGCAUCUGUACGUAGGUGGUUAUAAAUAAAGACCUUAACUCUCUGAUUACUGAUACCCUACAAACAACCACCAUGGGAGCGUCAACCUUUGAGAAAGUAUGCACCCUAGUCUCCUUUGUCUUGUUUGUUCAGUUGGUUUCGUCACCAAAUGCUGCUUUUGCUUCUGCUUCUACCGAAGAAGCUGCUGCACUUCUAAAGUGGAAAAACAGUCUUCAAAAUGACACCCACAAUAACCUAACCACUUGGACUUCCAUUCCCAUUAGUCCACCCAAUUCUUCUGCCAAUCCAAACCACAGUGCGAGCCCAUGCACUUGGGUUGGUAUUGCUUGCAACUCUGUUGGAAGUGUCAUCAGAAUAAACCUCACCAAUUCUGGUUUGCAAGGUACGCUUCAUGGGUUUUCUUUUUCUUCUUUGCCAAAUGUUGCAUAUGUUGAUCUCAGUAUGAAUAAUCUCCUUGGCACGAUUCCAUCUCAAAUUAGCUCCCUGUCCAAGCUCAUUUAUCUUGAUUUGUCCAUUAAUCAGUUGUCAGGAAAAAUCCCACCAGAAAUUGGCCGCCUAACCAAUCUACAAGUCCUUCACCUUUCUGAAAAUCAGUUAAAUGGCUCAAUUCCUAAGGAAAUAGGUCGCCUAGAGUCUCUAACUGAGCUCUAUCUUGCCAUAAACAGUUUAGACGGUUUCAUUCCUAAUUCUUUAAGUAACUUGAGCAACCUUGCUUACAUGCAACUCUAUGACAAUGAACUUUCCGGUCUCAUUCCUCAAGAAAUUGGAAAUCUCUCUAAUCUGGUUGAACUAUUCGUUGAUACAAACCACCUGACGGGUCCAAUUCCUUCAACUCUUGGAAACUUGAAAAAGCUAACCCAAUUGUUUAUGUACGACAAUUCCUUUUCUGGUCCUAUCCCUUCAGAAGUUGGAGAUUUAGAGUCCCUUGAGGAACUUAGCCUUUUUGGAAACCAUCUUCACGGUUCAAUUCCGGCAUCAUUAGGUUAUCUGGGCAAUCUUUCCCAACUUCAUCUUUACGGUAAUGACCUUUCUGGCAUCAUUCCUAAAGAGAUGGGAAAUUUGAAGAAUAUCCAUGAUAUGCAAUUGAACGAAAACCAACUCCACGGUUCUAUUCCAACUUCAUUUGCUAAUUUGAGCAACUUGGAAAUUUUUUAUCUUCGUGACAACCAACUUUCUGGUCAAAUUCCUAAAGGAUUUGGAGAUACCAUGAACUUACAGAAUUUGCAGCUGGACACAAACCAAUUUACUGGUUCUUUGCCCGAAAACAUUUGUCGUGGUGGAUCACUUCAAAACAUUAGUGCAAGCAAGAACUAUUUCACUGGUCGAGUCCCCAAUAGCUUGAAAAAUUGCACUAGCUUAAUCAGAGUCCGUUUGGAAAGUAACCAACUCAUUGGAGAUAUAUCCGACGAUUUUGGUGUCUAUCCAAACUUGCAUUUCAUAGAUCUAAGCUACAAUAGAUUUUCUGGCAGAAUCUCAAGUAAUUGGGGACAAUGUCAAAAAUUACAAGCCCUGCGAAUCAGUGGAAACAACAUUAGUAAUACUUUACCACCCACGAUUGGAAACGCGACACAGCUACAUGAACUUGAUCUUUCUUUGAAUCAUUUAGUUGGGGUCAUUCCAAAAGAGCUUGGAAGGUUGAGUUCUCUAGUGAAAUUGAUGUUGAAUGGGAAUAAACUCUUUGGUACCAUACCUUCAGAAUUUGGAUCAUUGACUCGUCUUGAAUAUAUUGACAUGUCCGCUAACAAGCUGAGCAAGUCAAUUCCAAAUAAUUCUGGGAACUUCUUGCACUUGCACUACUUCAAUUUAAGCCACAACAAUUUUAGCGGGGCGCUUCCAAUCCAGCUUUUGAGCUUAGUUCAGAUCUCCACAUUAGAUUUGAGCUUCAACUCGCUAGAUGGAGAGAUACCAUCAGAGAUUAGCAAAAUGCAAAGCUUGGUAACUUUGAAUCUCUCCCACAAUGAUCUUUCUGGUUUCAUUCCAACCGCCUUCGAAAAUAUGCAUGGCUUGUUAAAAGUUGACAUAUCCCACAAUGAGUUGCAGGGUCCCAUUCCUGAUUGCAAAGCGUUCCAAAUUGCUCCUAUAGAAGCAUUGCAAGGGAACAAGGAGUUGUGCGGUAACAUUACAGGAUUGCAACCUUGCAAUACUUCCAUGACACACAAACAUAGUUCCAAGAAAAACCAAAAACUCAUUUUUUUGGUCACUUUCCCUAUUCUUGGAGCACUUUUGGUUCUCCUUGUUUGCUUUCGAAUUUUUUUCAUUGUGCGAAGAAGAAACAAAGGUCCACAAUCAGAAGAGGUCAACAUGCAUAAAGGACUUGUUUCAGUAUCAACUUUCGAUGGAGGAGCAAUGUACCAAGAUAUCAUAAAAGCAACCAACGAUUUUGAUGGGAUAUAUUGCAUUGGGAAGGGAGGAUAUGGAAGCGUCUAUAAAGUAAAGUUGCCUUCUGGUGAGAUCGUAGCUGUGAAAAAACUCCACACACUAAGGGAUAGUGAGAACGGAUUCCAAAAGGAGUUCUUGAAUGAGAUAAGAGCAUUAACAGAAAUACGACAUCGAAAUAUCAUUAAACUUCAUGGUUUCUGUUCAAGUGCACGAUAUUCGUUUUUGGUUUAUCAAUACCUCGAAAGAGGUAGCUUGGCUGCAAUCUUGGAGAAGGAAGAUUCUGCCAAAGUACUGGACUGGAGCAAGAGAUUAAUCAUUAUUAAAGGAGUGGCUUAUGCUUUGUCUUACUUGCACCAUGAUUGCUCACCACCAAUUAUUCAUCGAGACAUCUCGAGUGGCAACAUUUUGUUGGAUUCUCAAUAUGAAGCUCGUGUUUCGGACUUUGGCUCUGCUAAGCUUUUGAAGCUAGACUCAUCUAAUUGGACUUCCCUUGCUGGCACAUACGGAUAUGUAGCACCGGAGCUUGCUUAUACAAUGAAGGCAACAGAGAAAUGUGAUGUAUAUAGCUUCGGGGUGUUGGCAUUAGAAGUCAUAAAGGGAAAGCAUCUAGGUGAUUUCAUAUCCGUACUACAAUCUCCUUCAGAUAAAGAAAACAUACAGCUGAUGGAUGUGUUGGACCAGCGCCUUCCAUCUCCAACACUUCAGGUGGAGGAUGAACUAAUUGUAGUUGUAAAGCUUGCAACCAACUGCUUAAAUGUCCGUCCACAAUCUAGGCCAACCAUGCAUAUGAUUUCUAAAGUCUUAUCAGACCAUACAGGGCAUGCAUUUCUAGGGCGGCCAUCUAUGUAGGCAGUAACACAAGGAAAGUCAUGGGUCGGAAGCGUUUCGAGUAUCAAGACUAAUAAGGCUAAAAUUGUGUUGGUUUAAUUAGGAUAAUUAAUGACUACGUUUUCUUUCUUUUCAUCCUAAAUAUCUAUCUGUAAUCUCAUGAUGUGUCUUUGAAGUAAGGUUUCUAAACCCAUUAAGGUUCCUCAAUAUGAUCUGAAUUAAAGAAACUUAGAUAUAUGAUAUUUGAAAUA